UUCCCGAGUAGUUUUUUGAACUUUUUAUCUCUAAAAGAUGGCUUAAAAAUUUUUAACACAUACAGUUUUGUAGAGCUCGACGAGUUCUACCAAACCAUGUAAAAAUAUCCAAGAAAAACAUUUCAAUCCAUUUUCGAAUCACUGACACCUUACUUUUGCACCACAAAAAAGUAUAAAAUUUCUGAAGUUUGACAUUAAAAAGUUUUUUAACCCUCCCUAUUGAGUAUUAAUAAACUCCAUUUUUGACGAGCUUUCAUUUUCUACGGUGGACAAAGUUCAUUAUUUGUUCUAUUUCAAAUUAGAGCGAUAUCCCCCUGGAAUGAUAUUAUUUCUAACCGUGUAAAAAUAGAAGUCAUACAUGUGAACAUAAUAUGAAUUUGAAAGGAAAUUAUCAGCUGGAUGGAUUCCUUUAUUAGAGAAACAUGACAAAAACUCAAGGUUAUACAAAAGACUCAAUUAUGCCAUACAAGUAACCAUGCUAAUGAGAUUCAAUACUAAUUUAAUAACAUUGAUGUUGUUAGUAUAUAAAUAAUACCAUAACCUUAAUACAUACUGGAGAACAGGCUUUUCCUUCAAGAAUGUCGACCAUUAAUAAUGACAGCAUCUCGAAUGAUACAUCUGUAGAUAUGUUAGUGUCCAUAUCACGUACAAUUGCAUUUUGGAUUUACACUAUUCUUAUUAUUCCAUCUGUUCUCUGUUAUUUAUAUAUCUUUUUCCAAUGUAUUCAUAAAGAUAUGUUGCGCAAACAUAUUCGAAUUCAUACUGUUUUCGCUGUGUUAAUUUAUAGUUUUCUACAGGUAGGUUUGACUUUUUAAUUUUUCUUAUAUUUCAUUGAAUGUGUAUUAAGGUAACAUCGGAAUUACCAAUUAUACUUUCAUAUUUGCGAAAUAAUCUUGUUCCUAUACAAUCGGAUAUUUUUUGUAAGUUUUGGUCAUAUCAAGAUUAUUUAUUUAAUGUGACGAUUUUAAUGUUAAUGGGUUUCACUGCAAUAGAACGUUAUUUACUUGUUUUUCACAAUCAAUUUCUUCAUCAACAUUUAAUUAUUCUUCACUAUAUACCAAUGAUUUGUUGCAUUAUUUAUCCACUAGGACUCUAUAUUUAUUUAAUUUUUUUCUAUCCUUGUAUUAAUCAAUUUACUAAUACAAUGAUUACAUGUGGUGGACCUUGUUAUAUCUAUGAACCGACAAUUGGCACUGUCGAUCUGUUUAUUGAUCUUGUUUUUCCUGUUGCAGUUAGUAGUCUUGCUAGUCUUAUACUGUUAAGACGUGUUCUAUGGCAAAAACGUCAAAUGCAACAACGUCAAAUGUGGAAAAAAAAUCGACGUCUUCUCAUGCAAUUAUUAUAUAUUGUAAUAUUAUACAAUCUUGUCUGGCUACCUAUAGUAAUCGGUUCAUCAAUUAUGCUUCUUUCUCCAAUUCCACAACCUUUCUUGGUCGAAUUGAGUAUCAAUAUUUUCCCAUAUGGUAUCUAUAUUGCGAUCUUAUUGUGUCCUUUUGUUUCAUUAAUGAGUUUACCUGAACUAUGGCCUCAACACAAUUCAAGGAUUGGUCCAUUAGCAAAAACUGACAAAUCAUUACGACCUAUCGCACCAUUGCCAAUCAUAGGUAUCACUGUUUCAUCUAGAGCAAUAUAA